UUUCCACUACCACUCUACACCUCUGACUGCACACUCGUAGGUCCUCCCUCUUCCCCCGCCUCUUCACCUCUUCCGCCUCUGCCCCUGCCGUCACAACCACCAUCUCCGUCGGAGACAAUCUUCCUGACGCCAACCUCUCCUACUUUGGCUCCGAUGGGGAGCUCCAGACCGUCACCAUCUCUGAUCUCACCAAGAGCAAGAAAGCCAUCUUCUUCACCGUCCCGAGGCCUUUACGCCGACGUGCUCGCAAAAGCACCUCCCUAGAUUUGUGGAAAAGGAUGGGGAGCUGCAUGCCAAAGGCGUGGACACCAUUGCCUGCAUCUCGGUCAACGACGCUUCCGUGAUGCAUGCCUGGAAGAAGGAUCUCAACAUUAGGGACGAGGUUUUGCUACUCUUCGACGGAAACAGGGAGGUUUUGCUACUCGCACGAACCCCCGAGACGCUCCCAGAAGAAACCAACGUUUAAUCAUCAUGGCGUAUAAAGGGCGAAGGGAGAACACGCCUUCUCUCCUCGCCCGGAGACUUCGAUCUGUUUUCAUUGUUCGCCGAGAGAGAGAUAGAGAAGAGAGAGAGAUGGAUGCGUUCUUCCAAUCCCGAUCUCAGUCCCAUGGCGGAUGGACUCGGAAUUCCUUCAAAAAUUUCGGUCAGAUCCCUUCGAAUGUUCAAAAUCAUAUGAUGCUGGUUUACUUGACGCUAUGUUGCGCACUCGCGGCAUCAGCGGCUGGAGCUUAUCUCCACAUUUUGAUGAACAUUGGCGGAUUUUUGACGAUGAUGGGUUGCUUUGGUAGCAUCAUGUGUCUGCUUUCCAUGCCUCCAUAUGAAGAGAAGAAGAGGUUUGGGCUUCUGAUGGCCGCAUCUGCUUUCGAGGGGGCUUCCAUUGGCCCUUUGAUUGAGCUUGCCAUUGAGUUCGACUCCAGGUUGAUUAUGCUUGCACCCCUGAAGAGGUUCAACAGCAUUUUCAGUCGUGUGGUAUUGUUAAUAGAGUCACCAUUCUCACUGACAGAAACGGUCAGCCAAAGGGUUUUGCUUAUGUCGAAUUCUUGGAAGUUGAGGCAGUCCAAGAAGCCUUUUGGUUGCAUGAGUCUGAGCUUCAUGGUCGUCCAAUCAAGGUUGCCGCCAAACGAACCAAUGUUCCAGGGCUGAAGCAGUUCCAUCCUCUGCGACAUAAUCCCUACCGGAUGUAUUC